AUGGGUUCCCGCUGUCAGUUAGAUGUAUGUGGUCAAGCCCCACUUAAAAAAAUUGUUGGAGGGGAGAAUGCAACAGCAGGGUCUUGGCCGUGGCAAGUCAGCAUUCACCACAAGAUUUUAAGAGUUCAUUUCUGUGGUGGGAGUCUAAUCAAUAAAGACUGGGUUUUAUCUGCUGCUCACUGCUUCCAGGACUACAGUGCAUCUGUCAUUGUGAUGUACUUUGGGCGUUGGAGGCAGUGGGGCUCCAACCCUUAUGAGAUAUCUAGAACAGCGAGUCGAAUCAUCAUCCAUGCUAACUAUGACAAUCCUAAGUUUCACAACGACAUAGCACUGGUCAAACUCUCUUCUUCUGUGACUUUCUCUGAUUAUAUUAGACCAGUCUGUCUGGCUGCUGCUGGUAGUAAAUUUGCUGCAGGUACAGAGAGCUGGGUAACUGGAUGGGGAAGGCUACAGUCUGAAGGCCAGUCUGCUAACAUCCUGCUGGAGGUGAUGAUACCAAUUGUGAGCCACAAGGACUGUAAUAAAGCUUACGGAGGGGGCAUCACAAACAAUAUGAUUUGUGCUGGAUUGUUAAAUGAGAGAGGGAAAAGUUCAUGUCAG